AUGAUCAAACCAUUCAAGCAGCUUAAACAUACAGAGGACAAGUAUGAGGGGGAGGGGGUUAAAUUUAAACAACAAAGCGAUGUUAAGUCUGCAGAGGAGCUAUUUCACGCCUUCAAAGCUUCGCAGGACUGGGAUGCACAAGGGGUGCCUCUUGCAAACUCCGGAGGAUCUGCAGUGAUGAUUGCACUUGUGAAAAGAUUGCAAUGGAGCCUGCACCUUAUGGAGGUUACACUAAAGAGGCUGCACGGGAAGGAGAAAGGAUGUAUCCAUCUCUCCUCGUGUAGCGGGGGGCUGCACAGAGCCGGCGUGGUAACGAGGAGGGGGAUCCCAGCGGCGGGAGGCUCGAGGGGCAGGAGGCGGCGGCGGCGGCACGGGUGGGGGGCGCGAGCUCGCCCGGGGUCUCGCGCUCCGGCUCGCGCCGCUGCCGCUGCGGCCGGGGGGAGCGGCGGACGCAGCAGAGUGAAGGCGGCGGCAGCACGAGACGCCGGUGGGAAGCGGCGGCGCGAGCGGCUCCCUCCAGUCCCCGGGCGGGCGGCGGCGGAGUCGUCGAGUGGUGCAGACAAAGGGGGAGGAGGAGGAGGAGGAGGAGGAGGAGGGGUGGUGGAGGGCGGUGGGUGGGGAGGCGGCCUCACCGGCGGUGGUGGCGGCAGCCUCGGCCGCUUCUCUCCUCCUCAGCAGCGCCAGGCGGCGGCGGCGGGACCGGGAGAGGGAGCUCGUCAGAGUAAAAGAGAAAAUCCCCCUCAGCGCUGCCCGGGGGAGGGGGGGGCACAAGAUGGCGGCGGCCGGGGAGGGGGUGGGGGUGCGUGA